CACCUUUUAUGACAGAACAGCAAAUAUACAGUAGGCUACUGUACAGUCACGUGACGAAUAACAACCUCAGGAGACAAUCACAUAGGAAGACGCGCGAGACCGUGCGAGAAUUUCUCUGUGGCAACAAAUAGACUACGUACGAAAUAUAAACCUUUAUUUAAUAUAUAUUUCGCAAAUAGGUGGUAAGAAAGACUUCCGAUUAUCGUAUUUGCUUUGUUUUGCAAAUAGGAGGGGAUAUCCAAAUGCAUGCAUUGGGGCCCGUGUGGGUUAUCGAGGCUGUUCACGGUUGUUGAUUUUGUCUAGAAGGAACACUUGAUUCGGUCGGCAGGAACACUUGAUAGGCUACAACGCAGACGUGUGCGAAUCGAUGUGAUGCUGUAGUGAAACAAGCUGGCGAAUAUAUUUUGAGACCGCCUGUGGGUUGUAGGCUACAUAGGGGACUGGCAUGUUGACCAUCAUUUAGGAUGGUAUAUUUCGGUUAUUUGCAUAUUUCAUUCGAAAGCUGACCCCUUUAUAUGUGGCGGUUGCAAGAAUGCAUGCGUUGCUAUGUCUGACAGUCCAUCAUAUUGUCCCGUCUGCUUUGAAGUAGUCAGCAUAAAUGGAUACAAUUAAAUAAAGGGUUUGCUACAAUAUAAACAUGCCCUAUCUAUUGCAACAAUGUAACGGUAUAUUAUAUCGGCCCACUCUCUUUUACAAUGUAAUAACCUUGCCGUAAGUAUACAUCGACAUAAAAUGAACUGUUUUUAUGUCAAAGUAAUUAUUAGGUUGCGGUUCCUCAAUGUUUCAUCUUUUCACACCGGAAGUGAAACUCUUAUUACCUAAGAUGUCAACAGGUAGAAAGUUACGCAGAUGCCAACAUCUGGCCAAUAGUCUUUUUUUUUAGGGGGGGCGGGGUGCUACUUUCAGUUUUUUGACCAGCAGAGUACGCCAUUGUUUCAGCAGCACUUUCAGAAAUUCCUUAAUGCAUCAGAGGUGUGACGUUUUAUGAACUUAUUUUCGGGGUGUUCUAGAGGCUGAGAAAAUAGUUUGAUCAUAUAGAAUCACAUGUUGUCUUUGCACAGCAAUCAGACCUGGCCUGGGUUCCAAUAGUAUUUGUGUAUAUUUAUUGAGCUUACCUGGCACAAUUGAACCAAUUUGAAUAGUCCCAGAAGUGCAAACUCCGCCCCAAACUAUUUGAAAGGAAGUGAAUACUAUUUUAACCCAGGUCUGCGCAACAUAUCCUCUCCUGGACCUAAUUUUUAUAUUCUGAAUUACUAUGUGCGUAUAUUUAUGUGUGUGACAUGAGGUGGAGUGGGGGGUAUCAUGGACGUUUCCAGCCACAGCCUGUUCCUCUUGCAGCAGCUCAACGUCCAGAGGGAGUUUGGCUUCCUGUGCGACUGCACAGUCGCCAUUGGCAACGUGUACUUCAAGGCCCACCGGGCCGUGCUUGCUGCCUUCUCCAACUACUUCAAGAUGAUCUUCAUUCAUCAGUCAAGUGAGUGCAUUAAGAUCCAGCCCACGGACAUCCAGCCAGACGUUUUCAGCUACCUGCUCCACAUCAUGUACACGGGCAUGGGCCCCAAGCAGCCGGUGGACCAGGGCCGCCUGCAGGAGGGCAUCAAGUUCCUCCAUGCCUACCAGCUGUGCAGUAAGCCUGGUGAAGGUGGACCCGAUGCCGCCACCGCCGACCUUGUCCGCAUGUCCAACCUGUACGGCAUUCAGAUUUCAUCCCAGUUAGCAAACAAGGAGGGUACUGGGGUCCCUAAAGGUAGUGCAGGUGCCCGGGGAGGGGGCGGCCCCGAGGACGGGCGUUCGUCCACUCGGGCAGGCCGCUCCCACACAACCCAGUUUUCAAUGACUGUGGGGAUGGAGGGCAUCGCCUCAUCAGGCUGUCAGCCUUUCUCUGGUCUCCUCCGUGGUGUCUCCUCUGUGGCUUCCGGCGACGACUCAGACAUCUCAACGCGCAUCAAGCAGGAGACGGUGGAGGAAGAGGGAGAGGAGUGCCAUCAGGUGCCAGGCGGGGGAGGGUCCCCAACGUCUCCUUUGGCCAAGGGCGGCAACCCCUGCCAGGGCCUCUUGUUCAAGGAUGGCCCCCAUGCGCUGCUGUGCCCCCGGUGCGGCGAGCGCUGCUCGUCCCCCGAGGGGCUCCGCGAGCACCUGUUCAGCCAUGCCACUUGCACCCUGGACCCCAGCGGACUAAUGGAGGGCCUCUCCCAGGGUGGGGGAGGGGACACAGUGGGCACUGAGGACCAGCAGCAGCAGCGGGGUGCCCCCAGAAUCAGCAGGAUGCAGGCUACCUGGAGGAGGCCCUGAGACAGAGCCAAGCCCUAGCUGACGAGCUAGCCACCGAGCUAAGGCGGAGCAGGGGGGGUAUAGCCGGUGGCACCAGUACACCCCCCACCGCCACCAUGACCACCUCCACUACCAGUCACACACGAAAGCGCAAGAUCGCCUGCUCCGUGUGCAGCCUGCGCUUCACCCAGAAGAGCCAGCUGCAGGAGCACAUGUACACGCACACGGGCAAGCCGUCGCGCUACCAUCGCUACAGCCGCCUCUGCAGCCAGCUCAUCCACGCUUCAGGGCACUUCUGCGAGGGGCCACCGGAGGGCGGCGGGGUGGUGGCAAGCACUACAGUAGCGCUGGCGGAAGAGGCAAACAGGGAAGCUCAGGACAAUGGCAGCUCCUGCUAUUCGCUAGACUCUGAGAUCUCGCAGGAGAGCGUGGACAACAUCGCUGUGGAAUGAAAGCGAAAACAAACUGUAGAAAUGAAAGAAGUACAUCAACUCCCAUUUUACAUAGGUGUUGGUGUUGGAGUCACCACCUAAUUUUAACUCUUGUUUGUGUGAUUAUGCAGUAGCCUCUCUUUUUUUGAGUGUUUUCUUAGAAAACUGGAUUAACAAUGGUAAUUGGUAAGAGCUACGUACUUAUACUUGUUACAAGGUAAUUGACGUAAGUCAUACCCUUACAGUUACCCGGGGAAAACAGCUAUGUAAUAAGAAGUGUUUUGCAAAUACAUCUUCAUUCUCCCAUCUGCACUCACCAGAGACUGUGCCCAGCUGGUUCGUCUUCAUUAGGGCACGACAAUAGUAAAACGUUUUUGCAAUGGAAAACUAAACUUAGUGAUUCUUAUUGGACGAUUCCAGAUAGUACCUCCUGUUUCACCCUGUUUGAGUUUGUUUUCUUCAGGUUGAUUCCUGCUGAACAUGACCCUGUUUCAGUCGCGUUCCUUACCUUUCGUCGUUAUCUUUCCACUGAUCCGGUUGUAUCCUGUCCUUUUGUCAAUACCGUCAUCUCUCUGUCGGUUAGAUGAAACCCUGUGAUGUGAAUCCAGUGUAAAGUGUAUGUUAUUUUAUUCAGUGAACAGUUGAAUAGAAUAGAACAUGGUAUUUAAAAGAGGAAUGUGUUGUCUCUCUCUCAGUUGUCAUAUUUUACCAGCUGGUAUAUUGAUUGGAAAUGUAUCUGCGUUGUUUUCUGACUCUCAGAAAUAAGUAGCUGUUGAAAUGGAGCCUGGCUUGUUGUUAUGGAGGGUUGUCAGGGUUACAGGAAUUUGCAAGGGACAAAAUUCUUACGCCCACAAUGUUGCAGUACACAAUUGAUGGUAGUACAUCAUUACACAUAUUGGAACAUUUAAAUAUUUCCCUCCAAAAUCAUGAGCAGGGGCUUGGUGUUCCUCUUUUUCUUUCUUUAAUCUCAACAAACUAGCACUUACAAACGAGCACAGUAUACCCAAAACUUGAUAAUUAGCAGAGAAUUUGCUUGGCAAAGCUUCAUUCACCUUCAAGAAGUGUGCACUAACUAUGAAAACGGACAUGUACGCAAAAAAAGACAAAGCCACAGGUGUCAUCCCGAAACCUUUAAAGUUGGAAAACCUGGGGAUGUAUUCAAGCGUCACAGGAGAGCUGAUCUAGGAUCAGGUCCCCGACCUCUCUUAUUCAUUCUAGAUCUGAAAGGCAAAACGGAUUCUAAAUCAGCACUCCUCUGAGAUCUUUAACACAUACGACCCUUAGCAGUGUUUAACUACAGAGGAAACCUGUUGAAUGUGCUUUAUCCUGUGCUGCCGACUGGCACAGCGGUCUAAGGCACUGCAAGAGGUGUCACUACAGUCCCUGGUUCAAAUCCAGGCUGUAUCACAUCAGGCCAUGAUUGGGAGUCCCAUAGGGUGGCGCACAAUUGGCCCAGCGUUAUCCAGGUUUGGCUGGGGUAGGCCGUCAUUGUAAAUAAGAAUUUGUUCUUAACUGACUUGCCUAGUUAAAUCAAAUUUAAAUUAAAUCCUUGACAACACUAAGAAGAAGGACUUAUUUUAGCUCAUAACAGGCUAACAUGAGUAGAAGUAGCCUGACGACUCACACUAAGAUCUUCCGCUGCUCUGUCAUUAGCUACAUACUUCAAUCUGAGACUGCCAUCAUUGAAAGACGAAGGGUUUUGGUGACGAAGGGCAUGUUACAAAACAAAGUGUUCGCAUUUGGUAAAGGGUGGAGGGUUGGGGAGGUACUCAGAUCCAGACUCAUGGGCGGAGAAAAAAACUAAAGUCUGUGGGCGUGGCGUAGCGUUUGGCCAGAGCAAAGAGUCUGGGUAGCCAGGCGAGAGUAGAAGUGGCUAAAAGAGAUACUCUGAACUGAAAUAGUUCUCUAAAGUUUUAUUAUUGUUCGAUUGUAGAUUCAUAUUUGACGGAUAUGUGGCAAUGGCUAUCAGAGUGUGUAGAAGAAUGCAUCUAGUAAUGUUGAACCAGGAACCUGUAUGUACUGCGAUAGACAGUAUAAACCUAGGAUUAUCAAAUGGACCUUUCUGGGUUUGUUUCCAUUCUAUCCUGUUGGUGUGUGUGACCUCUGGUAUGUUUCAGUUGGCUACUCUUCUAUGGCUUUUCCACUUUGUCAUACACUUUGUCGUGGUUUCAUGCUUUCUUUAAUCUGUGUCACUUUUCCAUACAUGGAAAAGGUUUUGUAAAUAAAUAUAUUUUGUAACA